AUGCAGGAAGACCAGGCGACUACGCGCGACGCGUCGCCCUCUGACCCACCGAGUCCGCAGAUGUCACAUGACUGCAACGUGGACCACGGUGUAUGCGCCGCGUCGAGCGCCGCGUCGAGCGCCUUGAGCACUUCGGCUGGCAGCCAGUCGCUGCCGGUGCCAAGCUGUUCGGGCUCAGCCGUGAACUUCGACAGCUCCUCGCCGUUGCCCGAAGGCUCGUCCCCUCUGCCCAGUGCAUCUUCUGUGAUGGCCGCACCCUUGUCGAGAAUGGCACGCCGGCCGCUCAUCGGUGACAGUAGCUGCUUCUCGUUCGACUUCGACUGCAGCUGCUCCGUGCCAGAGGGCAGGGCAAACAAGGCGUCUCCGCAACACGCUGUGCCCUCAGGCACAAAAUCGCAAGCCUGCAGGCUGAUGGCGUUCAUCGGCAGCCUGCUCCUGCUGUCUGUCAUCAUAUCGCAGUUCAUAGGGACGCGUCGUGGCAACUACACCUUCUCACUGACAAGCAAAUUCGGCCGUAUCGAGGGCGAUCAAAUAUUUGUGCCCGGCGAGCAGCCGGUCAUUCCGCUACCUUGGAAUCCCGUUCGCCGUGCCACCCGUGAACAAGCUGCGAUUCCAGCCGUCGCAGGUUGCGGAAUCUCUAGCGCAAAUGAACAACGCCUCCAUCAAGCGAAGGAUUAAUUUCGCCGAACGAGCCCGCUCCUGCCCCCAGGACGGCGCCCUUGUCCCGAGCUGGCUGUACACAAGUCCCAAGGAGACAUCCGAAGACUGCCUUUACAUGAGCCUGUGGACCCCCGACACGGAGUGCCUGUUCCAGGGCCAGGACUGUGGAUCCCGCGCAGUCAUCGUGUUCAUUCACGGUGGAGAUCUUCACCACACUG